GCCAUCAGCCAUAGUGGAAAAAAAAAUUAACCCUCGAAACGAAUGGCUUCCGCAGUCAGUCGCUAGUGUCCUGCUGUUACUCCCUCCUUCCCCACCACCACCACGGCCACCGACUCCGGCGACCCCAGCUAACCGGCGGCGAUGAGCGGCAGCGGCGGCGGCGGCGGCGGCGGUGGCGGUGGCGGUGGCGGCGGGAGCCCCAACAACAUGGAGUGGCGCUUCAACCAGACGCUCCGCAACGUGCAAGGAAUGCUCAAAGGGCGCAGCUUUCCUGGGAAGGUUUUGCUAACCCGACGAUCUGAGCCUCUUUCACCUCCUGACUUUUCACCACGCUUUGAGAAUGAUCGUGAUGAAGAUGAGCGUAAUGAAGGUUCACAGGAGGGAGAAGGCCAGUCAUCUGGAAGCGCAUCUGACAGCGCAAGUGCAAAGAAAUUAAAUCUUCCAUCAACAAGUAGCACAAAUUCUUUACCAGAUGCCCAAGGACUAGUUUCUGGGGCUAGAGCUACAGAUUCUGCAAGAAUUGCUAAGUUCACGAUGGAACUGUCUAGACCAGCUGUUAUAUUAGACAAAUUGCGUGAAUUAUCUUGGAGCGGUGUGCCCCCAUAUAUGCGACCUAACAUAUGGAGGCUUCUUUUGGGACACGCACCACCGAAUAAAGAUAGGCGAGAAGGUGUUCUAACAAGAAAAAGACUUGAGUAUGUAGAAUGUGUUUCUCAAUAUUAUGAUAUUCCGGAUAGUGAACGCUCAGAUGAAGAGAUUACUAUGCUUCGCCAGAUCGCAGUUGAUUGCCCAAGAACUGUACCUGAUGUUACAUUUUUUCAGAACCCUCAAAUUCAGAAAUCUCUAGAACGCAUCUUAUAUACAUGGGCCAUUCGUCACCCAGCAAGUGGCUAUGUUCAAGGAAUAAAUGACCUUGUUACGCCAUUCUUGGUCGUGUUCUUAUCAGAGCACCUAGAGGGCAACAUGGACACUUGGUCUAUGGACGAUCUUUCACCGCAAGACAUUUCUAACAUAGAAGCGGACUGCUAUUGGUGUCUCUCAAAGUUUCUUGACGGAAUGCAGGACCAUUACACCUUUGCGCAACCAGGAAUUCAGCGUCUUGUUUUUAGAUUGAAGGAACUAGUUCGUCGUAUAGAUGAACCUGUAUCAAAGCACAUCGAAGAACAAGGACUGGAUUUUCUUCAGUUUGCGUUCCGUUGGUUCAAUUGCCUUCUGAUACGGGAGAUACCUUUUCAUCUUGUGACACGCCUGUGGGAUACAUAUCUUGCUGAAGGAGAUUAUCUACCAGAUUUUCUUGUGUACAUAUCAGCUAGCUUUUUGUUAACUUGGUCAGAUAAGCUGCAGAAACUGGAUUUUCAAGAGAUGGUGAUGUUCCUUCAGCACCUUCCCACCAGGACCUGGGCGCACCACGAGCUUGAGAUGGUCCUCUCAAGGGCAUACAUGUGGCACACGAUGUUCAAAAGCUCUCCCAGUCACCUUGCCAGCUAGAAUCCGGUUCAUCGCGCCUGUAAGCAGCAACCAGCCUGCGGCACAUCCUAGUCUCAUGUUCCUCCCUUCCGGUGCUUAUAUUUCGAGGAGAAACCAUGAGGAGCGUUUUGUCGGAUUUUGUUCAGUGCAUACUUUUUGUUGUAUUACCGCUCCGAUUUGUAUAUUUUACCGAGGAACCAAGAUCUGUAAUGAAUUUGAAGAUGAAUAGUAGUGUUGAAUUUGACACCCAUACUCCCCAUUGUAUUGCCUGCCA